AUCCUCAAUUUUUUUAAUAUUAGAAUCAAAAUAUUUUGGAAAAACGGUGGCUUUGAUUAACUCUAGUUAGGUAUAGUCUUCUCCCUGUCCAACCCAAUCUCUGCUAACUUUAUAUGGGCCAAAAUCCUUUGCGGCCUAGGCCCACACAAAACGGAAAUGGGCCUGAAAUAGAGUUAAAAGAUUAAAGAAUAAGAAAGAGAUAAAGAGAGAGGAGGAAGCGAAUGUGUGGUGAUGGAGAGAGGGAGCGAAAAGGCGAAACUGAAAACCCACUUGAUAUUCGCGUAUGGCACGUUGAAGCGAGGAUUCCCCAACCACUAUCUGAUGGAGGAGCUUAUGAACCAGGACGACGCCGUUUUGGUUGGGGUCUACAUGACUGAGGAUUAUUACCCGCUGGUGUGUGGACCUCACGGCAUCCCUUACCUGAUCAACCUCCCCGGGUCGGGGCACCGGGUGAAGGGCGAGGUUUAUGCUGUGUCGGAGAGCGCGGUGGCUAAGCUGGACGAGUUCGAAGGCGUGAGUGCCGGGUGCUACGAGAGGUUAUCGGUCACGGUGGUGGGGGCGGUGGAGGUGGGUGGGGGAAGGGUGGAGGCGGAGGCGUAUUGGGGACACAGGAGGUUCGGGGAGGUGCUGUGGAAGACGAAGGGGGAGGUGGGGUUGAAGGAGUAUGGGGAGAAAGAAGCGAAGGAGUACCUGAGGAAGGAGAACAGACCGGGUGGCAGAAACACUAUUCUUGACCUUGUUCCUUAGUUUCUGUGUUGUUUGUUUGUUGGGUCAUGAAAUAAUCUGGGACCAUUUCGCCCCAAUCUUGAUUUUUAAGUGAUUGGUGUUAUUUCUGAGUUAUAUAAAUUAUGUACACCUUGUUUGUCCAUUUCUUAAAGAUCAAGCAUGAACAU